ACUGACUGACUAUUCGCCUAUUACAGUAGUAUUGUGAUCAUCUAUCACCUGUCGAUCGUAUGUACAAGGGGAUUAUUUUGAUGUAAUUGUAGUAGGCUAUUAUACUGACAGAGCAUGUAAGUACAAACCUGCUGCAACUAUAGGCAGGCAAGUUGAUAGCUUGAAGACUUGACGAAUGAAGGGCAUUGUUGUUCUUUAGAUGUGCGAUGGAGAUACUAUACAUCGAACGUGGACGUGGGGAGGCUGUUGUGGGGCGUAAACAAAGGGAAAAGUUAUUAAUCCCCCCCUCGCUGCAAAACCUGUGUAGCACUUCGUCCCCAAAACGGGGCAAGGAGAGAACAAGAUCGAUAGAGAACGGAAGAGAAUCUUUGCUUUGAGGAAGGUGUGAUGAUGUUUCAGACCUGACCGUGUUGCAGCUACGUGUACGUGUACACAAACAUGUGACGGCCACACGCAGCGCACACAAUUUGCCGUGUAUCUAUUUUUAUUUUUAAGUGCCUAGCUGAUUGCAACAUGUGUACCUGGUCGAUACCGUACGUCUUAUUCACCAAUGAUGGUCGCCUUAUCCACUGAUAAAGAGCACUUGAUCCGUCCAUCCUCAGCAUCUGGACACAAUACCGGCCCCUUUACCAUCCACGUUAUAGGCGUCUUCACCCAAACGAACGCCCGGUCAUGAUAGCUGUAUUGGGUGCAAAUGCCAAUGCAGAUGCAGCAAUAAUUACGGGGCGCUCUAUUUGGGCGAAGGCUGUAGCCCCAAUACCCAAGAGCCUCCCUCAGUACAAUUUGGCGCCACCUCAACCACACAAAAUGUUGGCCCCAGGUUUGGGCGAAGGCUGUAGCCCCAAUUCCCAGGAGCCUCCCUUAGUACAAUUUGGCGCCACCUCAUCCACACAAAACGUUGGCGCCAGAGAGGACUAUCACUCUCUUAUCACAUAGCCGAGAGGAUUGUACUAAUGCUCUUGCUAUAGGGUAUAGCAUGCUGGUGCUAUCCCCUAUUCGACUCCUGAAUGAAGUUAAAACGUUUCUUGUGUUUAUCUCUUUCCUGUGUUCUGUCCCUUUUUACCUCGCUUAGUCUAUGUGGAUCAACGUUUUUUUCUUUUUUAUUUCUUUCCUGUGUUCUGUCCCUUUUUACCUUGCUUAGUCUGUGUGGUAGUACUUCCUUUAGCCUCAUCUACAUCUGAAACAUUGCAGGAUGCCAAUGGUUCAUACGUUCUUCGCCCGAAUAGAAUGCCCAGUAAUUAUUGCUGCAUCUAGACUGAACAUUGCACAAAAUGCAGCUGUAAUAAUUGGGCGUUCGGGUGAAGACGGUAGAGACCCGAAUAGAAUGCCCAGUAUUUAUUGCUGCAUCUAGAGUGAACAUUGCACGAAAUGCAGCUAUAAUAAUUGGGGGUUCGGGUUACGGCGACUCCCUGUACAUAGAACAUCCAUCAUUAUUAUUAUUGUUAUUAUCCAGUAACAUAAUUAAUAAUACAAUAGCAAUAAACAUUCGGUAUAGUUGUAGUCCAAGGCGGACCUAGAAAGGUAAUCGAUUCCUAAACAUCUGGCUAAGUUUGAUCUAUUAUCUACUUGGUCAUCACAGCCACACAAUUAAUGGGUCUGUGGAGGUUAUGGGUGAGGUUCAUUAGCAGCAGGAGCCUGUCCCUGUCCCCAGGGGCAGUGGAAAGAGGGCUUGGAAGCCGAGGAAGAAUUUCAACAAGUAUGUUUGAUCUCUCUCGUGAAGGAAUGGCCUCUGCCAGGUGUGCAUAUUAUCAUCGUCGCAAAAUUCAACCACCUCACAACCAGUGGUGAGUCAUGGGUGUUUGCCGACCAUCACCUUCAGCAGUGGGAGCAGGACUGGCGGCGGCAGGAGGAGCAGCCGGGGCAGGAGGAGGUAUCGUUGGGGGUGGGGGGGGAGUAGCACCCCCAUCAUGUGUUGAAGAUGGUAGAGUGAAACUGCGUUCGAAUGCCACGUGCGUAGAGGGCGAGAGGAAGGAUCGUGCCAGACACUCCUCGUCAACCAUACUACGAGGUGCAACCCUCAGUCAUGCCAAGUGCAUGCUGCCUCUCCUGCGCAAUGGCAGACUUGCUUCUUCUCUGCUCUGGGUUCUACCGCUCUUGAUCUGGUUUUACAUCCGGUUAACUAAGAAAACCGUCAUGUUUGACCAUAGUAACAUCGCCUACAGGUGGGCGUACAAGAUCAAUCGCGAUCCAAACGGCACCAUACUUGACAGUCUGGCGUACGUGCACAUGGGAAUGGUGGAGAGUUUGCCAAACGGAUCGAUCUGUGCGGUGUUUCAAGGUUCAGAGAGCAACUACGAAGGCAGCGUCAAUCAGAACCUCUACUGGACGACGUCGAGCGAUGGCGGAAAGACGUGGUCGAAGAUGGAGGUGCUGCUGAAAGGUGAUGGUGUGGCACUCUGGAGUCCAGUGGUGCUGUCCGAAUCGGGACGUGUGUGGCUGUUUUUCUCUCGAAGCUCAAGAAGAUGUAAGUACUACGACCGAUCACGCGGUGUGACCCGGUUCUCCCCUGGAGGCGACCUGCAGUACGCGUCUUCGGACGACUCCGGGCUCUCCUGGACCACACCGCAGACUGUAUACAGCUUUGAGGCUGAGGAGGGCAUGCCUAAGGUCAUUGCCAACAAGAUUUGCGUGCUGUCGACUGGUGCCUGGGUUCUUCCAUUUUGGAGGGAGCCUGGACGCACCUGUCCUCCAAAGAGAAUCCUUCCUGUUUUGGAAUACCCCCAAGGCUCAGGAGGGGUUCUCAUCUCGGGAGAUCAAGGACUGACCUGGAGCGUUCAUGGGCGGUUAUCGACACCAGAGACGUGGCUCAUUGAAAACACAGUGGCGGAGCUGCGAGACCACACUCUGCUGCAGUUUUUCCGGUCUAAGAAGAAUUGGGUGUACCAAAGUACUUCGCAGGACAUGGGACAGACGUGGUCCCCCCCUACUCCGACUGUUUUGCUGAACCCGGACAGCAAAGUUCACUUGCUCUCUCUGCCUAAUGGCCACCUCCUUUGCGCUUUCAACCCCUCCCCCACUAAGCGGACUCCUCUUUUCAUCUCUCUCUCCAGGAACGAUGGGAACUCUUGGAAUGCUCUCGCCCACCUAGAGACCGACUCCUCCAAGUCCUUCUCCUACCCGACCAUGCUGGCCUUCAAAGGCAAGCUGCUCACCAUAUAUUCAGUCAUGGCAGUUGAAAACUUCCGCUCCUUUUGCGUAGGAAUGAAGGUUGCCAUUCUGCAGUUGCAAGGAAGUCAGGUCCAGAUAUCAUGACUCCUACCCCUUGUCCUAUUCGGGAUAUGUGCCCUUUCCUUUCUUGAUUUAUGUGUGCGUGUCAUCCAUUCUCAGGGCCCAUGCUAAUCUGAGAUAUGUGACUUUCCAUGAUUAAACAAUACCAGUUUUUUUUACUACGGAUUGUUAUAAUCACCACCACCGUCGCUACUUCUUCUUCCAAGUUAAGCUUGGUACCGGGUGGACGGUCCACACGGUAGGUAUGAUCAAAUGUAACGGAUGGCAAGCUGUCAAGGUAGAGAUUUGAUCACAUCA